CUCUGUAGUCCUUUUUAUUCUGAUGAAAUGGACAAUGGCUGGCGGUCGCUGUUGGAAACUCACUAAUGUUGCAAACUAGGGCCUGACUCAUGGUAUUUUCAUCGGCAAGGGAAGCUCAGUUGAUCCGCUGGUUUUCCAUCAUGCAAGAUGAAUCAGGAGCAUUGUUCAGUGGUAUGCACCAACACCAACCUCUACUGAAGGGCAAUUUGCAAAUUCUCCGUCGUCAUCAUGGGGACAGCCUCUUCACUUGUGAGCCCUGGUGAAGUCAUUGAAGAUGCAUAUGGUGGCGAAGGUGGUGAAGCUUGUGAAAUACCAGUAGAGGUGAAGCCUAAAGCACGUCUCUUACGCAGCUCCUUCCGUCGUGGUCCCAGAGUGAUUGGUGCCAGCUUUAAAUCCACUGGGUCUGUAGACCUAGAAUACACAGCAGAAUAUGAGCGUCUUCGUAAAGACUAUGACAUUUUCAGAGUCAGCAAGAAUAAUGAGAUUGCAUCCAUGCAAAAGAAAGAGGCCAAGUUGGAUGAAGAAAACAAGCGACUGCGUGCUGAGCUACAGGCUUUGCAGAAAACCUACCAGAAGAUCCUGCGUGAGAAAGAAAGUGCUCUGGAGGCAAAGUACCAAGCCAUGGAGAGGGCCUCUACAUUUGAGCAUGACCGAGACAAGGUCAAGCGACAGUUCAAGAUAUUUCGUGAAACAAAAGAGAAGGAAAUCCAGGAUCUGUUGCGAGCCAAGCGGGAUCUGGAGUCAAAGCUGCAGCAUCUACAGGCUCAAGGUGUCCAGGUUUAUGUCCCUGAAGAUUCUGACUCUGAUGAAAACCAAACAACAGUGGCUGCUGGUGGCAUGCAGUGUGAAUACUGGAAUGGGUGUGUGCUUGGCAGUGAGCCAUCUAUGGGGAGUAUGAUGCAGCUUCAACAGAGCUAUCGGGGGCCAGAGUUUGCUCAUAGUUUGAUGGAUGUGGAGGGACCCUUCGCCAAUGUUAGCAGAGAUGACUGGGAUGCAGCUGUUGUGAGCCUGCUGCAGGUGUCUCCUCAUAUCUCUAAAGGCCUGUGGAGCAACACAGUGCGUUGCUAUCUCAUUCACACAAAGGAUACAAGAGAAGAGCUCCAUCACUUUAUAGAGAUAUAUUCCCCCAAAUUGCAGAGGCUUUGUGAGCGCAUGGGCCACUUCUAUCUGAAUGUGUAUUUUCCUGAAAACACAGCAAGUGCUGCAGAACGCCAACGAGAGAUGGAGAGGAGCUCAAUGUGUGUGUUACUACUUAAACCCUCUGUUAACAGUCUCUGUAGCUAUGUGGUAGAGGACACAGAGGAGGCCUUUGUCAAGACCCCAGACUCCAGGCCUCUCCUGUUGUAUCUUCGAACAGCGGAGGGGAAGGUUGGCAUCAGUGGGACGACCAGAGAACUGCUGGAAAGGAUCAAUAAAGCAGACAAAAAUGCAAAGAUCAAGGUAGUGGACCAUACUGGAUCUCCAGAGGAUGGCGCUGCUCUGAUCUACCAUCAGCUGGACGAAAUAAUUAAGCAGGAGUUGUUGGGCUUAAAGUCAGUUGAUGAUCAUGAGCAUGUUGAGGAGGACCAAGUGGUGGAAGCAAGUGAUGUUCUGUGGGACGAACAUGAUGAACAGGAACAAAUUGAAACAUAUCAGAAAAUGUGCAGCACGUCAACCCACGUUAACUUUGACAAGUAUAUUACUCGUCUGAAUGAUCUGGUGGCAGCCCCUCCUCCCACUCCCCCUCUGCUUGUGUCUGGUGGACCAGGUUCCGGAAAAUCUGUCUUGCUUGCAAAAUGGAUUGAGUUGCAGCAAAGACACUCUCCCAACACAGUCAUUCUCUAUCACUUUGUUGGUCGGCCAUCUUCUACAAGUGCAGAGCCAGUGCUCAUCAUCAGGCGCCUCACAGUCAAGCUGUUACAGAACUUCUGGUCCAUCUCAGGGCUUACCAUGGACCCAUGCAAGGUCCUGGAAGACUUUCCUCGCUGGUUGGAACGAUUAUCACCACGUCGUCAUGGCAACAUUAUUAUUGUCAUUGAUUCUGUUGACCAAAUACAGAAUGCAGAGCGAAACAUGAAAUGGCUGAUUGACCCUCUACCUGCUAAUGUUAGAGUCCUGGUGUCGGUCAAUGUGGAGACCUGCCCACAGGCUUGGAGACUGUGGCCUACAAUACACCUAGACCCACUGAGCAGCAAAGAGAUGAGGAACAUGAUGACAAUGCAUUGCAUGACAGCUGGGAUUAAACUCGGCAAAGAACAGGAGAGGAAAUUGGAGACACACUGUAAAUCUGCGGCAACUUGCAAUGCUCUCUAUAUUUCCGUUUUGGUCAGACUUUUAACAGACAGUAGGAUCAGCUGGUCAUUGGAGGAGACUAUUCUGCAGUGUGUAAUGUGCCAUGAUACAGUGUCACUGUUUCGAUUUUGCCUGAGGAUGAUGCUAGGCUCACUAAGAACAGAUGAAGAGAGAAACAUUAUGAAACAGUUGCUGGGUUUAUUGUAUGCCAGUCAUAAUGGUGUCAGCGAAUCAGAGUUGUUGGAGCUAUUACCUGAACUGGCCUUCCCCACCCUCUGCUCUAUGCUGUUCAGACUGGAAUAUCUGCUGAUCCUGACUCUAGAUUGUGGUAUCAUACACUUCCGACAUUUACAGGCAUGUGAUGCAGUCAGACUUGAACUGAUGGAUGGAGGGGUAACCGUCUCUAUACACAGAGAAAGGCUAAUUCACCAUUUCAGCAGGCAGCUCAGUCAACACAGGGUAACGUGGCGUGUAGCUGAUGAGCUGCCAUGGCUGUUACAGCAACAAGAGGAUAAGACAAAGCUCCAACUGAGUCUGCUGAACUUAUUUGUCUGUCAGAAUCUCUACAAGAGGGGACAUUUUUCAGAGUUGUUGACCUACUGGCAGUUUGUAGGGAAGGAUAAGGUAUCCAUGGCAACAGAAUACUUUGAGUCCCUGAAGUGCUAUGAGCAAACCUGUGAGACUGAGGACGGCAUGAGAAGACUAGCCAACUUGUAUGAAACACUUGGCCGUUUUCUAAAGGACCUUGGUCUACUUACUCAGGCAGUAGCACCUUUGCAGCGUUCCCUGGAGAUCCGCGAGACAGCUCUGGAUCCAGACCAUCCAAGUGUUGCACAGUCUCUACACCAGCUAGCUGGAAUCUAUGUUCUGUGGAGAAAGUUUGGAAAUGCAGAGCAGCUCUACAAGCAGGCACUGGAGAUCAGUGAAAGUGCUUAUGGUCCAGAACAUGGUUCAGUUGCACGAGAACUUGAUUGCCUUGCCCUACUUUACCAAAAGAAGAACAAGUAUGAACAGGCUGAUAAGUUGAGAAAAAGAUCUGUCAGGAUUCGUCAAAAGAUGGCUCACCAAAAAGGCCAUAUGUAUGGAUUUACUUUGUUGCAUCGGCGGACUCUGCAGUUGGAGGAGCUGACAUUGGGUAAAGACACUGCUGACUGUGCUAAAACCCUCAACGAACUAGGUGUUCUCUAUUACCUACAGAAUAAUUUGGAUGCAGCUAAAAUGUUCCUGACUCGUUCUCUGGAGAUGCGGCAGCGUGUACUAGGGACAGAGCACCCAGACUGUGCCCAGUCACUCAAUAACCUAGCAGCACUGCACUGCGAAUGCCAUGAAUAUGAAAAUGCAGAAGACCUUUAUGAGCAGGCCCUGGAUAUUCGCAAGCGGGCCCUUGCUCCAGACCAUCCCUCCCUGGCCUACACUAUCAAGCAUCUUGCCAUACUAUACAAGCGCAGGGGUAAGCUGGAGAAAGCGGUUCCUCUAUAUGAACUGGCACUGGAGAUUCGUGAAAAGAGUUUUGGACUGAAGCACCCCAGUGUGGCCACUGCAUUGGUCAACCUAGCAGUCCUUUACUGCCAACUGAAAAAGCAUAAUGAAGCACUGCCCCUAUAUGAGCAAGCCCUAAGAGUGUAUGAGGACAGUCUGGGGACUUCUCACCCUCGUGUUGGAGAAACGUUGAAAAACCUUGCGGUGCUCAGUUAUGAGAAAGGCGACUUUGAGAAGGCUGCUGAGCUCUACAAGCGUGCAAUGGAAAUAAAGGAUGCAGAACCGUCACUGGUCUGUGGCAAAGCUGCAUCUGUCCAUUCAUUCAACGGUGACACUUUCAGCCUCAGAAGCCCUAGCUUCCAUCCUCACACACCCAAGUGACAUUCACCUUUGGCCUACAGCUUCUGACAACGACUAGAAAAAAUGUAGUAGUGAUCAGUAGCUUAUACUUAUUAAGGGAAAAUUAGUUUCUUGUGACUCAAGUUGAAUAUUGUCACUAGCUAUCAUUUUUAUACAAAACUAUAUUUAUCUUUUGUCCAGUAAUGAUGUAAAAUAUGAGACAUUGGGCUCUAAUUUAUAAGUGCAAAGUCUAUUCAACCAGGAAAUUUCUUGUGCAUUAACUGUAGCUAUAAAGUGGCAUGUGGGAGCAUUGAGCUGAUUCAUCAGUGUUGAUGGUUAUGGUGGUAAUGGUAAACUGCUGGGGCACAACUGACUACACCAUUUCCGGAUCCCACCCCAUCUCUCCCUCCCACUCGCUUCUUGUCUGCCUCUUAUAUGUCCUAUCAUAAUAAAGGCAAAGAAGCCCCAAAAAAUAUACUUAAAAAAAUAGCAAAUUGACAUUACCUAUUUAUUAGGACCGCCACUAACAUAGCAAGCGUAGUGGUCAUAUAGGAGUUGUCAAGGUUAAAUUAGCUCUAGUUAGACUUUGCAGUUUGCCAAUGAAAAUGAAAACUGUUUUUACAAUUUCCAUCAUAUUUUCAAACAAAAAAUGUUUGCCUUGGUGCUGUCAUUUCUGAUCAAUCAAAUACAUACACAUAUUAUUUAUUACAUGAACAAUUUGCAGCUAAUGAUCCUAACACUUUGCACCUAUGUCAUGUGGCUCCAUUAAAAAGGCAUCUCUGGUCUCACCUUGUUUCAAUACACUUUCACUUGCAUGCUUGUCUGAAGGGUCAUGGGCUGUUUUAUGGUUUAGUUGAAUUGGUUAGAACUAAGGGCACAGCAUGUAAUAUUACAUGCUCUUGUACAAAUGUAUGCAUGUGUAUUUACAGUAGAACAUGUGUCAGUGUUUCAUUUGUAGUAUAAUUAUGUAAUAAAUAAAGACUUUAUUGACUGUAA